GGUCUUUUCCGGCGGCCACGGUCGCGCGCCGCACACCACCACCACCACCGCUCCUCCUCCUCCUCAAUCCGAGCUCAGGCUCACAGCGCACACAGCGUUCAAAUUAAGGCACAAAAAUAAAUAACCAUAUCAAUAAUAAUAAUAAAAAACCACAACGCGUUUUUUGACGAACGGCAGCUUGACGUCUGAGCUCCAGAAAAUGAACUGGUAACAAUAACCGUCGGCGAGGAAAAAGCUAAUCCGAAAGCGGAACAUCACCGUGAACUGCAGCUCAUCUCACCGUCUACAGACCAGGCAGACACCAUGAACUAUGUGGGGCAGCUGGCAGGUCAGGUGCUGGUGACGGUGAAGGAGCUGUAUAAGGGAAUCAACCAGGCCACGCUGUCGGGCUGCAUCGACGUGGUGGUGGUGCGGCAGAAGGACGGGACCUACCAGUGCUCUCCUUUCCACGUGCGCUUCGGGAAACUUGGAGUGCUGCGCUCCAAAGAGAAAGUGAUCGACAUAGAAAUCAACGGCGAGCCGGUGGAUCUACACAUGAAGCUAGGGGACAAUGGAGAAGCUUUUUUCGUCCAGGAAACGGAGGUGCAAGAUGAGAUAGUCCCAGCUCACUUGGCCACCUCUCCGAUCCCCACUGAAAGCCACAUGUUCUGGGUUGGAAGCGAUAGAGGUACAACUCAGGAUCUCGACAAUGACCCCCUGGACCAUGAGGAGCCACCUGAGCCCCCCAUGCCCAGUACAGGGAAGAAGAAGAAGAGGCGGAGAAAGAAGCAUAAACUGGAUCCUCGGCGUGAAGAGAUGACUCCUCCUGCAUCUGUCGGUGCCUCCGCCAAUACCGACGACAUCUUCGAAAUGGAUCUGAGCACUGAUGAAGAGGCCACUCCCAGCACACGAUCAUCUUCAAUUAGCACAUUAAAAGAGGUCGAACCAAGACUACCAGCAGUUCGUUAUUCUCCAGAGAGCUACCCUUAUUCUGAUGGAGACUGGUCACCUACUGACAGUCACGCCAUGUCUGAAGUCUUCUCCCCCAAGAGCGACUCCGAGCUGGUGAUCAGGCCUUCAGAAAGCAUGCUGAAACUGGAGUCUCACAUGCAGUGGACAUGGGGAGAAUUCCCAGAGCCCACCAGGGAAUCAACUUCAACUUAUUGGCACUAUAGGAAAAAGAUGGCCAAAAAAGACAAAAUUGAGCUGCCCAAGACUGUGACCAUAACCCCAUCAGAGAACACUCACUUCAGAGUGAUCCUGAGCUCUGAGGCCAUGGAGCCUGAGGCUGACGUGAAAGACAUACUGGAACCUACGCCCAUAUGCACUAUUGUAAAGCCUGAGCCUCGUACUCCACCUACCCCCAUCACUCCUCUAAUAUCUUCUGACAGCGUGACCACCUCCACGCCCACAGAUUCCCACACUGCUGCACCCAACCCUCAAGGUGGAGCCAUGAUGGAUGUCGGAUCAAAGACAGACUCUCCUUCUAAGAAAAAGGGUGUACCAAAGAGAAGUCAGCACCAGGGGCCUGAGGACAUCUACCUAGAUGAUUUGAACGUGCUUGAGCCUGAUGUGGCUGCACGAUACUUUCCCAAGAGUGACUCAGACUCCAAGCACUGGAUGGACUCUGGGAUGUGUUCAGGCUCUCAGUCCCCUCAGUCAGUGGGCAGCGCUGCAGCCGACAGCGGGACAGAAUGUCUGUCUGACUCGGCCUCUGACCUGCCCGACGUCACACUCUCUCUGUGCGGGGGGGUAAGCGAGAAUGCGGAGAUUUCCAAAGAGAAGUUUAUGGAACACAUCAUCACUUACAAUGAAUUUGCUGAGAAUCCAGCCAUUAUAGACAAUCCUAAUUUAGUUGUGAAAAUAGGGAACAGAUACUACAACUGGCCAUUAGCUGCACCGUUAAUUUUAAGCUUACAGGCUUUCCAGAAGAAUUUACCCAAAGCGACAGAAGAGGCCUGGGUUAAAGAGAGGAUGCCAAAGAAGUCUGGUCGCUGGUGGUUCUGGAGAAAAAGAGCAGACAGCACUAUCAAACAGUCUGAGAAUGCAGGAAAACUAGAGAUGAAGGAAGAGCGACUGAAAGAAGGAGACGCCUGCCUGGAAAAUGAUCCCUGCAAAGUGGAGUCCCGAGAAUCGUCCAGUGAUGAAGAAGGGAAGGAGGUGAGCGCAGCUGCGGCCUCUCUGGAGCGCUCGGCUCAGACUGAGUCUCAGUCUCCACCUCAACCUCAGCCGCCAAGCACGCAUUCCUACAGGAAGUCCUUGCGCCUCUCUUCUGACCAGAUUGCCAAACUUAAGCUAAAGGAGGGGCCCAAUGAUGUCACCUUCAGCAUAACCACCCAGUAUCAGGGCACAUGCCGCUGUGACGGCACUAUUUACUUGUGGCAGUGGGAUGAUAAGGUCAUCAUUUCUGACAUCGAUGGCACAAUUACAAAAUCUGACGUGUUUGGGCAGAUUCUGCCUCAGUUGGGGAAGGACUGGACUCACCAAGGCAUCGCCAAACUUUACCAUUCUGUAGCUGAGAACGGAUACAAGUUCCUGUACUGUUCAGCAAGAGCUAUUGGCAUGGCCGAUAUGACUCGUGGCUAUCUGCAGUGGGUGAAUGAUGGUGGCACCAUUCUUCCCCGUGGACCCCUUAUGCUUUCUCCCAGCAGCCUCUUCUCUGCAUUUCACAGGGAAGUGAUUGAGAAAAAGCCAGAGAUUUUCAAGAUUGAAUGCCUUACUGACAUUAAGAACCUGUUCCAGUCCAACAAGCAUCCCUUUUAUGCUGCAUUUGGAAACAGGACCAAUGAUGUUUUCGCCUAUAAGGAGGUCGGAGUUCCUGUUUGCAGGAUCUUCACUGUUAACCCUAAAGGAGAGCUCAUUCAGGAGCAGACUAAAGGGAACAAAACUUCGUACAGCAGGCUGAGUGAGCUGGUGGAGCACGUGUUUCCUCUGCUGAGUAAAGAACAGAGCUCGGCGUUCAGCUUCCCGGAGUUCAGCUCGUUUUGUUUCUGGCGGCAGCCCAUCCCUGAGAUCAACCCGGAGGACUUACUCUCAUAGACUCGCCAUGCUCUCGGUCUCUGUGCGUUUGUCAUCGCAUGGGCUGAAGUAACGUUCCUCGAAGAUAACGAGCGUAACUCCGGCGAACGUUUUUACUACCUGUAGCUGCACUAGAACCAGCCGAGACGUGUUCCGUUGUAAAGGAUUUGAUCAAAUCCAUCUGCACAUCCAAAACUGAACAAUGCCUCGCUGUCUCCUUUAAUCUAACGUCCACGCUGAACUCUGGGGGGGGUGAUGGUGCAGUUUUCCUUUAUUGUCACAUACAUCAGGGAUAUUUGAAGCUUGCCUGGGUGCUAAGGGCCCUAAAAAGAUACUCUUAUUUCAAAGUUUCCCGUUUGUGUGUGUGUGUGUGUGUGUGUGUGUGUGUGUGUGUGUGUGUGUAAAAUAGGGGUUUAGCAUUAGUGCUGGUCUGUCUGAUACUGGUGGACACUUUAACAAAGAUUUUUGCCCCUCCAGCUCUAGUAUAGGCGUUUACCCCUGCUGCGGUGGUCCAGCGUUGGCUGGUGUUUACAGUUCUAUGGUUUAAGCACUUACCGGUCACCGUGUGGGUACAACCACAAUGUAUGUUUAGUAGGAAACAGAAAAUGAGUCAUGUGGGAGACCAUGUAGGAUCACAGAACUAAUUAACAGACAUAUUUAUUUACGAAUGCUAAUUUAUUUUGUUCUGUGAUUAUUAACAAUUUAGCGGUAAGUUAACGACUAACACGCACUGCCUCUAAUAUUUGGUGGAAGAAUUGCCGUCUGACGAGGUUCGAUCGGAGGCUCUCUCGAAUGCCGAUGCUGCUAUCGAAGUAAGACAUGACGGUGAGCCGUUUUUAUCGUUCCGCAGCGUCUUCGGUCUGAUGGUGCAUUCAGGCUUUUUAGUCCUGGCGGAAAAGCCCCGAGCCCCGAGCAAGGCUUCCAUCUGUAUUCCAGGUGUUUUCCACUCGUUAACAAUUUCAUUGUCUGGCUGCUAUAUAAUGCCUUACUGAUCGCACUUUCAGCAGCAGCCAAGAGAUCAGCUUGCAGUUAAUGAAGGGAUGGCCUUAUUGUUGGAACCUUUUCUUUCCGUAAAGAUAAUAUAAGACUUAAGUGUUUUUGAACUGCAUUCGCAGGUAAAUAAACCUAAUUCAUUAGUGUAAUAGAAGAAAUAGACCUAAAAAUGCGAAUGGAUUUUGAUUUCUCGAGACGAAUAGUUCUAAUAUGUACUGAUUUGUACCUAUAGCCUAUAGUUCAUUCUUUUACUGGUAUGAUAUAGUCGUAGAAUUAAGAGUUUUAGUUCUGGGUGUUGAGAUAUUUUCAGUUCUUCAGGUCUAUAGGCUAAGUGACGUUUUUGUGCUGAGGAAGUCUGCUAAAGUAGUUAUAGCACUGUAAUGAGCCGAUUUCAGUGUUUUUGAAGAAACCGAUCGCAGCUGUUUUGCAAGAGGAGUGUCUCUUAUUAUUUUCCUGGACAUUUUUCAAGUGAUGAUUCUCAAUGGCCAAGGGAAAUGAGCACAUCACUGUCAUUAAUAGUUAAUUUCCAAUGGCUGGUCUUUGCCUCUGUGUAACAGAAACAGUGUAUUUACAUGUAUUUUGUUUCUAUGUUCUUUUAGGCGUAGGGUACCAUGUGUUAGGUAGGCAUGCACACCAACUCGGAGCACAAUAAAAAGCAAUUUAUUUACAAUAGGGUAGAUGUAUGAGGUAACAUUUUGGGUGGGGGUGGGAGGGAUUUGUGUGGUACGGGGCUACCCUGGUUGAUUUGAUUUGUUUAUGCACAAAUGUAUUAUGACAUUUGUUUGUUGUCUUUUUGAAAUGUAGAAGUGAAAUCUGUCUGUUAAUGAUUAACAAAGUGAUCCCAUUCUUUCUAUGAAAGUAAUACAUCUUGUGUGGGAUGGACACACUCAUCUAUGGUAAAGAAAAAUGUUAGGAAAAAAAUAAUUAUUACUUUGGAAUGAUCAUUUAUUGUUCAUUACUCUUUUUUGCUUUCAUGCCUUUCAUUUUAUAUGCUUUUAUUUGCCGACGUACGCAAACCUGUCUCUUAGGUUGUAUUGGUUUCAGUGUAAAAAUGGAAAAUUACUGCAUCUGACCAGUCUAGAUACCUUAAAGUGUAUACUUACUGUAUGAAUUUAUUGUUUUGACAUGAAAAUAAAUGACAUGGAAAAUCUAUUAAAAUGCAUUUAUUACAAAUGA